UCUCCACACUUCACACUCCACUGUGACUGUGACUCCAGUAGGCCUACUCCACUCCGCUCCCCCCACGCCAUCGCCCCAUUCGCCAGCCAAACCAUAAUAGCGGGCCUACAGCUCGAGUGCUUAGGUGAAAUAAUCCCAUGUAUAGGGCCUACUUUACUUGACGCGAUUCUGAUUUAACCACCAGUGUAAGUUGUUGAUAUUCUCAGCUUCGGACAAGAUGGCCACCUCCUCCCGAAAGAAAGACCCGUCUACAAAGCCUGCGCUUCCAUUCUCCUGCUCAUAUUGUGAUUUUGCUGUUGACUACCAUUACAAAGGCAGGAAACCACCAUUUGCGAAGAAUAUUUUAAUGCUAGAGGACUGUUAUGUGAUGAAGGAUCCUUUUUCUACCUCUGGAGGCUUCAUAAGUGUAGGAGGAAUGUGUUCACUUUGUGCUCGAAAUGUUUGCAUGGCAAAUACUUGCAGUUUAUUCUACACUCAACGUUUUUGUUUGAACUGUGUUGCCGAUAGACUGGAAGAGUUUCCUCAAGAGAUUCAACAGGAAGUGUCACAGCGUCUGAAAGAAAGGGGAUGAAGGCCUAAUGAAAAGUUGGUUCAAGUCUUUUCUUCAGCAUUAUAACAUCUGCUUCCCACAGAGUUUCUCCGAGGACACAGUGGGAGACGUCGUUCCUGUACCCUGCUCCGUCACCAGUGAUGUGUGAUUUUAGGACUUGGCAAAGUAGAGGCUCGUGGUUUCAUCUGUCAGGAGAUAGUGAAUACAUCUCAACAGAUGCUGAGCCAAUUCUAGUGUAAAAACCCUACAUAUGACCGAAGCAUUGCUAGACUGGCGUUGUUGUAUAGCAUGACAUUUGCCUGAUCAGAAAAAGUGUUGCUUUAUAAAAGGAAGAGUGAUUGUUUAUUCAAACAUUUUAACCUCUUCUCUACUGGCCUUAUAUUUCACCUAUAUGCGGAGGAAUUUUCAUGUAGGAAAAUAUCCAUAUCUCAGCUAUGUAUGAACAUUUUGCUUUAAAAUUUUGAACAGAGAAAGCGAAUAUGAUAUACUUAGAUAAUAUAGUUACUUGUUAGCUGUCUGAAAUUUUUGGGAUCCAAAAAAUUCAAACAUACAAAAUUUAGUAAAAAUUAGGACAUGCUGAAAAUAUAUGAGGGGACGCAUCACAAAACGCCUUAAGGGGGAGGGGUACUUUAUAACCUAUCUCGGUAACUAUGAAAGUUCAGGUAAAGCCUUUUGGCAAGGAGGUUAAACAGGAAAACAUCUCUAAAAAGCAACGUUACAUAA